AUGGUACAAGCAUCAGAAUUGAGAAAAAUGAACAGUGAAGAAUUGAAGGAACAUGUCAAAGAGCAGUUGUACGAGAAACAGAAGUUUUUACAACAAAAACAUUCUAAAAAAGUACAACCAUUUGAUAUUCGUAGGGUAAGAAAGGAAAUUACAAGAACAAAGCAAAUUCAAUAUGAAAAGAAACUUGAAGAAUUUGUAGAACAAUACAAGACUAGCAAAUUUAUUCCUAAAGAGUUGAGACGUAAAUUGAAUAAAGCUAAGAGGUUGGCAUUAACUGAUGAACAGAAAAACAAGAUGUCAAGAGCAAUGAGAUAUCAAAAUAUGAAGUAUCCAAAGAAAGUUUAUUCUUUUAAUCCUUUAAAAUAA